CAGGCACAUAAAACUUUAGAAACAUGAUUGAAUUGCUAAUUUCUAAAUAAACCGCUAAACUUUUUACGUAUUUGCUAUUAAAAUGAAGUUAUGGACUUUUUGGAAUUUUAUUUGACGUAAAAAGUCAUUUUGUAGAAGGUCAGUCGUUUUGUUUUGAAUUUGUCUGUUUCGGAAUGAAGAAAAACCGGAGCGCGAGGCCAGGUCAUCUGAGGACGUCCAUUGCUCCUGUUGCUUAGCAACGCAGCAGCCAAUCCAUUCGUUCAACCGGUUCGUACUUUUAGGUGAAGAUUUGUCGCCCCACAUCGGCGGUUACGAUUAUUUGCAGUAUGUAGUUACCAAGGAAACCGUGUUUCUAAACAUUGUAGCGAAUAAAAAGGGGUCUUUGAAUUGGUAAAUAGUUACAUAUCGACAUGGAAACGUCGGUCAUUCUGCCUGUGGAAGCGGAAGGGUUCGUUCAAAGUUUGGACACUUUUUCUGUAAAAGACCUGGGCUCUUCCAGAUGGUUCAGACAACACGAAUACAUUGAGAAGCUAAACAUGCAGGCGAUACUGAAUGCUUCCACCAUGCACGAUGAGUACAUCAAUGAGCUCCUGGUGUCACUCGGAAAGAUACCCGUCCUGGUCCAUGAGAUGAUCCUUGUGGAGGUGUGGAAGCAGAAAGUGUUUCCCAUCAUGUGUCAGCUGCAGGACUUCAAACCUAAAAACACUUUUCACCUUUAUAUGGUGAUCCACCAUGAAGCCACAAUCAUAAACCUACUGGAAACAAUAAUGUUUCAUAAGGAUUCAUGUGAGGCAGCUGAUGACUCUCUUCUUGACUUGGUGGAUUACUGCCAUCGCAAACUCACCUUGCUGGCCAGCGAAGCGACCAAGGGAAGUGCUGUGACUCAUGACCAACAUAACCAAAUAUCCUUUAUAGAGGAACUGCAAAUGCAGAAGGCGGCGCUGGAGUUUGACAUCUCCCUGAAAGCUGUAUCUGUGCUCCGCUACAUCACAGAACAUGCGGAUAGUAUCAGUGUCAUCAAUCGGAUGCUGUGCACACACAACGUGCCGUGUGUUCUGGUUCAGCUGAUUGACUCCUGCCCUUGGGGUCGCUGCAACAAAGGUGAAGUACAAAAAUACAUUAAGGGCAAAUGGCAGACGAUUCCAGCUGAGGACCAUUUAAAGAUAACUACUCUGGAUGGGCAGGUCUGGCUUUCCCUUUACAACUUGCUUCUAAGGGAAGAGUGUCAAAGAAAGUACGACUUCAACAGUUUCAACAAGAGUCAGCUUCUGAGGCUCAGGGGAUUCCUGACCGAGGUGCUGGUUGACCAGUUACCAAACCUGGUUGAACUUCAGCGCUUUCUGGCUCAUCUCGCAGUUACAGAACCAGCCCCUCCAAAAAAAGAACUCAUUCUGGAGCAGAUCCCAAAAAUCUGGAGCUACAUUGCCAAAGAGAAUGCUGGGAAGUGGAAGGCGAUAGCCAAGUAUCAAGUCAAAGAAACAUUCAGCCUAUCUGACAGUGAUCUGAGGCAGCAGGCCCAGAGGUUGGCUCAGACAUAUAACUUGGAUGUGAUGGAAGGUUUAAUCCCAGAGAAACCAAAGUGUGGAUCCUGUGGGAGGGAGGCUGCAAAAAGAUGCUCUCGAUGCCAGAAAGAAUGGUACUGCCACAGAGAAUGUCAGGUGAAACACUGGGAAAAACACAAGAAAGCCUGUCAGCUGAUGGCUGAUGCCGUGGAGAAGAUCCAGGAGGAGCGGCUAAUGAAAUCCUGAAGAGGGCUGCAUGCACCUGUGGCAGAAGAACCAGAACAUACAAAUAAACUGGAUCUUUAUUGUUUAUUGUAUUAACACCGAAUGCUAGAGAACUUAACGUUUUGCUGAUUAAAUGUUUUUUUGUGUUUGCAUGUCAUUUUAAUAUCUGUACCCAAAUAAACUGCAUCUUAUGCUUUAACAGAAAAAGUCAGCUGAUUUUUUUUCAGUCACUGCAGUUUGAGUUUCUUCCAGCAGGGAGGGGUUUGUGGUUUGGAUGACCUUCUGUAGAAACCCUGACAUGCCAUAACGCUGUUCUCCAGACUCAGAAGCACCCCCUAUGCAAGACAUUCCGGAUGUGCAGCACAAUAUCAUCUUUCACUCUUCUUUACAUCACGACUCC